AUAUUUCCGGGUUGUGGGUUGAAGUCUUUCCGGGUUACGGUGCAGAUUUGUCACAGCCCUUGCAUGGCAUGGUUGACAGGACAGCCAGAGAUUGAGACAUUUUUAUCAGUCUGUAACACAAGUUAAACUGUUAAACUACGGAGUAACGUCUCAUCUGACGGUUUUAACAGCUGUCCUCACGUCUCUCCGAGAGCGUAUUUUUUCCCCACAUUUGUCAUUGCUCUGGUACAGCUACUAACUAGUUAACGUUGCUCUUUGAAAAUGGCGGAUGCACCACCAGAGAAGAGCCUGGACGAUUUCUUUGCCAAGCGGGAUAAAAAGAAGAAGAAAGAAAAGGGAAAGGGCAAGGAGUCCGCCGCCGGGCCCACGUCCUCCGUGUUGAAAAAGACCAAAAAGGAGAAGGAAAAAUCGACUAAAAACGAGAAUCAAGACGCGCAGAUUGAGAAGGAGGACGAGGAAUGGAAAGAGUUUGAGCAGAAGGAAGUGGACUACAGCGGGCUUCGGCUCCAAGCUUUACAAAUAAGUGACGAGAAAGAGGAAGAGGACUAUGAGAAGGAAGAGGUUGGUGAGGACGGAGAGAUCAUUCUGGUCAGUGGAGACAAAGUGUCAGGGCCCUGGAACAAGUCUGGAGCUCCUCCUCCUCCUCCUGCCGCUGCACCUGUUGAGGAUGUAGAGGUGCCUGAGGCAAAGCCUGCGGGUGUAUAUCGCCCUCCAGGGGCUCGGCUGACCACCACCAAACGAAGCCACACCCAGGGCCCUCCUGAGAUCUUCAGUGACGCACAGUUCCCCUCUCUAUUGGCCACCGCCAAGCAUGUGGAGACACGCAAGGACAGAGAAAUGGAGAAGACCUUUGAAGUUGUGAAACACAGGAACCGUGGUAGAGAGGAGAGCGGUGGCGCUUCUAUGCAGCACUUGCAGCUUGACAACCAGUACGCCAUCCUGGGGGAUAAGUAGAACCGCUCCCCUCCGUCCCCUGGCCCCUCCAGCACGGUCCUUUCCAGCCCCCUUGAAGGAAGCUGAACUCCAGCUGUGUGGACUGCAGUCCUGACAGAGCUCACGCUGCCACCAUCACCACACCGGUUACUCGCACACACACAGUCUCACAUACACACUUACACAGCCAUACAGCGACACUCCCUUAAAUAGAUCAUUAAUACACUUUUACAUACAAAACAUUGGUUGGCAAAACUGAAGGACUGCAUCUGAAGGGGCUGCUGAAAGAGGGAAUAAUUGAAAAGGAAUUGGCAAAAUACACCCAAACAACACUGCAGCAGCAACAAAUGACGACGUAGUUGUCCUUUGUGGAUUGUACUCAGAGCAGCGGUUGUGUGGCGCAACUUCUCUCUGGACUUCAACUUGCUUCGAUAAAGCCACAGAGGACCGAAGAUGACUUUAGGCAAGAUGAUUUUACAAACUUCUGUGAAAAUAUCUAUUUUUUUGCAAGAUCGUUAUAACCCAAUCGCACAUGGUAUUUUGGGGUGUUUUUGAGUUGCGGUUGGGGCUUCGGGAGUGGGGAUACUACCUCAGCAGCAUAGCUGGUGGUGACUAUGUGGACUGAGCUUUUUUUCGCUGUGGUGGUGAAAGGGGCAAACACCAACCCCCCCACAUACAAGCUGGCCAUCAGGCUCUUUAAUUUAGAAACUUGAAGCUUUGUUUUUUUUUUCCUUCACAUGAUGAUGACACUCUGAAAAGAUCUAUGGACAAGAAGUGAUAGGUUGUGGUCCUCAUGAAUUCCUUUUUAAAGUGGCCUUACUGAUAGAGAGAAACUGCUUUGUCAUCUGAAGAGAACUUUGCUUGUUGUCUCACGGGCUGUUGCCUGCCUCUGGAUCUCACCACUCUGUGAAAAAAAGAUACAAAAGAAAAAAAUCCUUCUGUUCGAGAAUGUAGUGCUGUUGUAGUUUGCCUGAUAAUUACAACUACUAACUGUCUUUCAUAUCCACUGUUUGAUUUUGCUGCCCUUACUUUAUUUUGGUGUCUUUAGACAUCCGCAAAUUAAAGCUCACUUCUAAUCCAGAAACAGUUAGUGGUAACUGAAACAAAUGCUUUACUGUGGUUUGACACCAGAUGUCGCAGAUGUUACCGUAUCAAGAAAAUAAUGAUGGAAAACCACUUUAAUGCAUAUUUGUUCAGGUCCUUCGCCCAUAUUGAGUACAGUGGUACAUUUCAACCCCAGUUUUUAAGACUUUUUUUUUUAUCAAGGCUUUCCCUUAUAGGUAAACCUACCGUCUCAGCCGUCAUUGAAGUUGUGUAGAACAAGUAGCUUGUGCAUAACUCUGGUCCCAGAGAGUUACAGCGAUUACUCGUCUGUAAAUACAAACUGUCACCAAACCAACAGAGCACUAUCCACUUACAAAACAGCAGUAUGCCCAGGAAAAAUCUAAUCAAAUGGGGUUUUUACAAGCAUAGUUAUGUUUAGAAAGGUGAAGAAGAACUGGAUUUAUGUUCUAUGUUUCUGUCCUUUCCAUAAAAGAUGUCUGGGAGCGUUGAUCCCUGCUGGGACACUUUGGGUGGACGUAGAUAAUAUUUGUAAUGAAAAGAGAAGAGCCUAACACAAAAAAUAAAGUGAUCCUUGUGAAAGA